UUUAAGCGUCAAUAACUUGUCGGCAUUCCUGUAAGGUGGGAGGUUAAGUAAGGCUAUAUGUUUCAAAAAAACCUCUUGAGUGGAUUUUCUUAAGGAAAACUCAGAUAUAUUCUGUUUGACUUUAUGAUUGUAAUUGUUAAAUCAAUUUUUAAUUCAGUCCACAGUACUAGUUCACAACUGUUCCACCUAAGGACCAAACUUUCAGUUGUUUUAAUUUUUAAAUAAUGGUUGUUUUCGCCUGUCAGAAUGAUAGUUUUCUUAAAGAAUUUUCUUCCAAGGUAAUAUCAUGUGAUGCAGCUGACUUCAAAACUGUUGUUAAUGGUAAAAAAGAAACUUUAAAGGGCUAUGAUGUGAUUUUAGAAGAUACCAUCUUAUUCCCUGAAGGAGGUGGCCAGCCAUGUGAUUUUGGAUUUCUUGAUGAUAUUCCUGUAUUGAAUGUGCGACGGAAUGGUAGUGAAGCUGUCCAUUUUGUUGAAAAACCAAUUGAACCUGGUCAAGCUGUUAAACAAACUAUAAACUGGGACCGAAGAUUAGACCAUAUGCAGCAACACUCUGGGCAACACUUGAUUACGGCCAUAGCUGAUACAGAGUUUGGUUAUGCCACAACAUCCUGGUGGCUUGGUGAAGAAAUUUCUCACAUUGAGUUUGAUACACAGGAAAUUACUGAAGAACAGAUAAACAAAUUGGAAUAUUUAGUGAAUGAGAAAAUUAGACAAUCCCUGCCUGUUGAUGUGACUGUUUAUGAAGAAAAUGAUCCUUUCUUAAGUGAGACAAGGACAAGAGGACUUCCAAAAGAUCAUGUAGGAAGUGUAAGGAUCGUUACGAUCCAUGGCAUUGAGAGCAACAUGUGCUGCGGAACUCAUGUUUCUAACCUAAGUCAGUUGCAGGCUAUCAAGUUGAUGGGAGCAGAGAAAGGAAAGAAAGGCAAAGUGAAUCUAAUGUUUUUGGUUGGAGGUCGUGUAUUAAAGAGGUUAUCGACCAUGUUUGAAAGAGAGCAGGCCCUCACUGGCAUCCUCAAUAAUGGACCUGAUGUUCAUGUUUCAUUAGUGGAUAAAUUGAUGAAAUCAGUAAAAUUAUCAAACAAGUAUCUUCAGACUGUGCUCAGAGACAUGGCUGUUCUGGAAGCAAACAUCUUGAAAAGUAAAGAGCCUAAACCAAAAUUUUACACACUUCAUAGAAAAGAAGCUGAAAUGGACUUCAUAAAUGCAUUCAUUAAAGCUGUCAGUGAUACGAGCAUUCUUUUAUUUAUAACAAUCGGAGAUGAAAAAGAAGUUGGUUAUGCUGUUUUACAUGGAGAAGAAAAGCUCAUAGCUGAAUUUGGCCCUAAGAUUACUGAACUCUUAUCUGCUAAAGGGAAUGGUAAAGGCAAUAAGUAUCAAGCUAGAGUUGCCAACAUGUCUAAUAGAUCAAAAGUCAUUAGUUUAAUAGAAAAAUCCCUCGAUUCUGCUUGACUUUGUUUAUUUCAUUUACUUAAAAUUGUUCAAAACAACGUUUUAUUGUGAAUUGAUGAAUGUUUUUGUUUUAUUGUCAAGUAUUUUUGAUGAAUCUGAAAUACAAUUGUUCACUGAAAUU